GGCAUUGACUUAGAUGUCUAUCUGUCAUGCGGCGGUCUCUAUCGUUCGCACUACGGAUUCGUAAUCUGGCAGUGCCGUCCACCCCUCACGGAGCAACCCUUGCCAUGGACAACAGCAACCCCCACAACCACCACCACCAACGCCGCACCACUAACAACAGCGUCGAAUCCGACCCUCGCGUUCAAAAACUCCAACAACUAAUUGAAACCGACCCAUCUGCUGGUUGGGAAGAGUCCUGGAAGCAGGGAGUCACCCCUUGGGAUUUAGGUCGCCCUACGCCUGUUAUUUUGCAUCUGCAUGACACUGGAUCACUCCCCAUGGGCAGGGCUCUCGUCCCUGGAUGUGGCACUGGAUAUGAUGUGGUGGCAAUGGCAUGCCCUGGACGCUAUGUUGUUGGUCUGGACAUAUCAGAGGAGGGCAUAAAGAGAGCAAAGCAGAUGUCUUGCUUGUCACCGAAUGCAGAUUAUUUUACUUUCUUGAAGGAAGAUUUUUUCUCAUGGCGUCCAACACAUUUGUUUGAUCUUAUUUUUGAUUACACGUUUUUUUGUGCCAUUGAGCCUGAUAUGAGACCAGCAUGGGCACAGCAAAUCCAUAACCUUCUAAAACCAGAUGGAGAGCUUAUUACGUUGAUGUUUCCAAUGGAUGAUCAUGCUGGUGGACCCCCUUAUAAAGUAGCAAUUGAAGACUAUGAAGAGGUGUUGCAUCCAAUGGAGUUUAAGGCAAUAUCCAUUGAUGAUAAUGAAUUGGCCAUCAAAGGUAGAAAGGGAAGAGAGAAGCUUGGAAGAUGGAAAAGAGCUGUAGGCAAGUCCUCCUAUGAAUUGUGAUAACGGUCGUUGGCUCAAGAUCAAGGGUAAUUAAUUUCAUUUACAAUGCUCAUCUGAACCGGAACACUUUGCACAUGAUAGUUC